AUGGCUUUGACAGCUCACUAUAUAGAUUCAGAGUGGGAAUUACAGAAGCGUGUCAUUGCUUUCAUUGAGCUAGAGCCACCUGGUUUGGUUAUUUCUGAUGCUAUUUCUGAGUGCUUGUUAGAUUGGGGGAUUCAAGAUAAAGUGUCUACAAUCACCUUAGAUAAUGCUUCAAGUAAUGACGUAGCAGCUAAAAGUUUAAGAUUGAACUUCGAAAGGAGAAACAAGCUUCACUUCAAGGGUAUGUUCUUUCAUAUUAGAUGUUGUGCACAUGUUUUGAACUUGAUGGUUCAAGAUGGUCUUAAAGAGAUUGCUAAAAUAAUUAGUGACAUAAGGGAGUCAGUAAAAUACUUCAAGAAGUCUCCUAGUCGACUUCAAAAAUUUGGUGAAAUUGCUAAGCUGUUGGGUCUCUCGACAGAAAGAGGGUCAUCAAGUAAUGUUACUACUAGAUGGAACUCCACAUAUAAAAUGCUUGAUGCUGCUUUUCAUUAUAAAUUGGUUUUUAGUGAAUAUGCAAAUAGAGAUCCAUGUUAUAGAUGGUGCCCUACUGACGAUCAAUGGGAAAGAUAUGAAAAGAUAAGAAAAUUUUUAGAAUCAUUCUAUGAUGUAAGCAAUAUUUAUUCUGCGACAGAUUAUCCAACAUCUAACAAGUUCCUUCGUGAAACUUAUAGAGUUAAGAAAGUGCUAGCUGAACAAGCCUCAUCAGAUGAUUAUUUUAUGAGAAACAUGGCACGAGUAAUGGCAGAAAAAUUUGAUAAAUAUUGGGGUUCUUGCAACUUGUUAAUGGCCAUUGCAUCAAUAUUAGAUCCAAGAUACAAGAUGUUGUUGGUUAAAUUCUGCUUUCCUAAAAUAUAUCCAAGUCAUGAG